AUGUGUAUAGCGGUGUUCAUUUGGGAUUCUCACCCAGUCUAUCCGUUCCUUCUAUUGCUCAACAGAGACGAAUAUCUCUCCCGGCCGACUUCGCCACUGGGAUGGUGGGAAGAUGGUGAAAUACUUGGGGGAAGAGAUGGGGUAGCCGGUGGGACCUGGCUGGCUUGCACGAGGAACGGAAGGCUUGCAUUCGUUACGAAUGUGAGGGAAAUCAAACCAAAUUUCAAGGGCAAGAGCAGAGGAGACCUCUCUGUUCGGUUCUUAAAGAGCAAAAAUAGUCCUAAAGAAUUUGCGGAGGAACUCAAGGGAGAAGCAGACCAGUACCAUGGGUUCAACUUGAUAGUAGCUGAUCUUUGCUCUAUGACCAUGUUGUAUAUAACCAACAGAACAAAGGACAAUGGCCUAUCAGUAAUAGAAGUUUCUCCUGGUAUUCAUGUUUUAUCAAAUGCAAUGCUAGACACUCCAUGGCCCAAGGCUCAAAGGUUGAGGCAUAGUUUCAAGGAUAUGUUGGAUAAAUUUGGUGAAGCUGAAAUUUCUAUUGAAGAGAUGACUGCAAAUCUAAUGAGGGACACUACCAAGGAUGACGAAAUAAAGCUGCCUCACAUUUUUCCUCCUGAGUUUGAAUGUCAGUUGGGUUCCAUAUUUGUUGAGGCAGAUACAUCUUUGGGACGUUAUGGCACAAGGAGCACGUCUGCGGUAGUCUUGAAAACAAGUGGGGAUGCGAGCUUUUAUGAGACACAUAUUGAGAAAGAUUUGUGGAAGGAGCGUAAAAUUUGCUACCAUAUGGAGAAAGAGAAAGCUACACGGUGGGAUAUCAAACAAGGUGGGAAUCUUUUUCAGCAAUGUGGUUCUCAUAUUUACAGAAAAAGGAAAUGCGCAGUGGCAGAUUUUUCGGCAGAUGAGGGGCAGCAAUGGAGCAUCUUCAAAUCUGCUAAUAGAAACACCAAUACUCACUGUAAUGAUGAUGAGAAUGAUAUGGUCAUGCCUGAGGUUUUCUCGGAUGAAGAAGAGAUUGGGGGUGAAACUGGAGAAGGUAUGGAAUUGAAUCAAGAUAUAGUUUUUGAGGACAAAGAAUUCUCAUUCGUAAUGAAUAUCUCAGAAUCUCUUGAAUCCAAAUUAGUGAAGCCAUGGAAACGGGCAGUGGUUGUUAGAUUAUUGGGAUGGACUAUCACCUGA